UGAAGUGAUGUGGUGUGACGGGCCGAUCUGGUCAAAGAAACAAAAAAGUAAGCAGCAUGGCGGAGUUACUGGUGUUAGUCUCUAGACUGGUGUUGGUGCUGACGUCAUGUUUGCUGGUGUCGUCCUACGGUCAGACGUGCACGUGGCACGAGGCCGCCGUCCCCGUGGCGAGCGUUGAGUGCAGACACACUUCUUCUCUGCUCACUGUUCACUAUGACACCGCCGUCACCUGUGAACAGGAUCUGUCCGGCAAGAACCUUACCAAUGCCCCAACCGUCUCUUGGUCUGGAGCCCACGCGGCGGAGACCUACCUGCUGAUUAUGGUUGACCCCGAUGCUAGGAGUCCUUGUCAGCCAGUGAGCAGAUGGGUGUUACACUGGGCGGCAUUUGUCAGGGGUGACAAAAGCCUGCAAAUCACAGAAGAGUUUGUUUCCUACGCAGGGCCUCGCCCACCAGAAGGAACUCCUGCCCACCGCUAUCAGUUCUUCCUCUAUCGCUGGGUCCCGGAGAUCGAACUCCUCCGCCCUUCUUUCCUGGGCAACAGCGACACCAGCCGCGCGCGCUUCGACUUCGACCAGUUCAAGGUCGUGAACCGCCUGGAACAUCUGGAAGCCUCCUUUGAGUUUCUGUACAGUCGCUAAUUGUUGAUACUAGAGGGCUAGGCUUUUGUCAACUCUCCGCGCCCUCUGCAAAUUACCUGUUCUCGCUUAACACCAGGUUCACGAUUUAAAGCUGUUAAAAUAGGAUUUAAGCGUUCAAAGCAAAUCUUUAACAAACUAUAGCUGAAGGAAUAGUUAAUCCAUUAAUUAAUGGAAGUCUUCAUAGUGACUUCCAUUAUAGUCCGACUGGAAAUCGUUGUACAUUUGGUAUUUUAAAUAAAUUCUUAUAAAACUU